GUUGUGUGUGUCUUUGUCUCUUGUCUGUGUCUGUCCCCAUCUCUCUUAAAUCUUCUCCUCUCUCUCACUCAACACAAAUUCAGUUUACAGUUUUAUGCUGUGUAAAAGCGCUACACACCCAACCACCACUCAUUCUUCACCUUUUGCUUUUCCUUCAAGUUUUAACUCCUCAAUUCAAUUCAAUUCCCCCUUGAUUUGACCUCCUUUUGCUUUUCCCCCAGACUAGAUAAGGUGAAAGCAGAAAACACACUCACACACAAGUCAAGUUUCUCUCCAAUUUCAUUCAACAACACAAAUCUUAAAUCUUUGUGGAGAUUUUGCUAGAAUUUUUAUGAUUUUAGCUGAGAAUUAUGAUUGAUAUUAUGCAUUCAUUGGAGAAGCCCAUGAAUCAGUUGGAAAACAAUUUGGAUCCUCAAUUAUGGCAUGCUUGUGCUGGUGGAAUGGCUCAAAUUCCACCAUUGAAUUCCAAUGUGUAUUACUUCCCUCAGGGCCAUGUUGAGCAUGCUGCUAAGAAUGUCGAUUUUCGUAGUUUUCCCCGGAUUUCGUCCCUUGUGCCGUGUAGGGUAGCGUCGAUUAGGUAUCUGGCCGAUGCGGGGACGGAUGAGGUUUAUGCGAAAAUGGGGCUGGUCCCUUUGAGAGGAGGGGAAUGUGAGGUUGAUGACGGGGUCGGAUUGCUGGGGUUUGAUAGGAACGGGGAGGAUAAGGAGAAGCCAAAUUCGUUUGCUAAGACGUUGACGCAGUCAGAUGCGAACAACGGUGGGGGGUUCUCUGUUCCGAGGUACUGCGCGGAGACUAUAUUUCCGAGGCUGGACUACACGGCUGAGCCGCCGGUGCAGACGAUCUUGGCGAAGGAUGUGCACGGUGCGGUGUGGAAGUUUAGGCAUAUCUAUCGGGGGACGCCUAGGAGGCAUUUGUUGACCACUGGUUGGAGUAAUUUCGUGAACCAGAAGAAGCUUUUGGCGGGGGAUUCGAUUGUGUUUUUGAGGUCGGAGAAUGGGGAGCUUUGUGUGGGUAUACGUAGGGCCAAGGUGGGGAUCGGGGGCGGGCCCGAGGUCUCAUCUGGGUGGAACGUGGGGGCUGCCAGCGGCGGCAGGUCGGGUUUGUAUGGUUUUUCGAGUGAGGCGAAGGAGAAAUGUAACGUAAAGGCCGAAUCUGUGAUUGAAGCUGUGAGUCUCGCUGCCAGUGCCCGGCCAUUCGAGGUCGCCUACUAUCCGCGUGCAAGCACGCCGGAGUUUGUGGUCAAGGCGUCGGCAGUGAGGGCUGCGAUGAGGGUGCAGUGGUGUCCCGGUAUCAGAUUCAAGAUGGCGUUCGAAACGGAAGAUUCAUCUCGGAUAAGCUGGUUCAUGGGAACUAUUUCGUCUGUGCAACUCGAUGAUCCGAUCCACUGGCCUAAUUCUCCUUGGCGAAUCCUUCAGGUGGCAUGGGACGAGCCCGACUUGCUACAGAAUGUUAAGCGCGUUAACCCUUGGUUGGUUGAGUUGGUAUCGAGUAUUCCGUCAAUCCAUCUCUCCCCGUUCUCGUUCUCGCCAACGAACAAGAGGCCUCGACAACAUUCGGAAUAUCUAUCGAUGCUGCUCAACAAUCCACUCAGUCCAAGCAGUCCCUUGUGUUGUUUACCCGACAACAUCUCUACCGGCAUACAGGGAGCCAGGCAUGCUCAAUUCGUGUUAUCUUCGUCGGAUCUCCACCUCAAUAAGCUGCAAUUGGGACUUCGUCCGUUCGACUUCAAGCCGCUCGAUUAUGGCAGCGAGCUUCCUAAGUUUGUCCCCUCCAACGCCUCGCCUCAUCAUCCAGAAACAGAGAGCUCUGUCCAACAUCUAAAGAAACCUAACGAAGGAAAAAACGUGGCUAAUACACCUACUUUCGUUCUAUUCGGUCAGCCAAUUUUGACGGAGCAACAAAUCUCUCAGAGUUGCUCCGUGAAUGCGAUGCCUGAGGGAACCGCUUCUCCGGUGGAAAGCGAUUGCGCGACGAAAGCAAGGAGGCUUACGAUUCUAACGGAUGCGAGCAACGACAAUGACGGUAACGAGUGAAGAUAUCGAUCCGUUUUUAACGUUAGAUCAUAAAAUUUGGUUAACUACAGUUGUAGCUUUACUUUCUAUAUGAACUAUGAAAGCUUUGAAAAUUUAGCAUUUUUGGGAAGGGUUUAUGUUAUUUUUUCUAUCUCGAACCCCUGAAUUAUUGAUUGUAGAAGAAAUGUCUUACUAAUUCAGUUGUGUUUUAUGGUGUUGUGAAGUGUUUAUGAUGCCAUGAUUUAUGCAAGAAUUAUUUUUAGAUGUUUGAUGAAUUUCA